CCAUGUUGUGGUCACACUGUUUCAUGAAAAAUUAAAAAAACAUUAAUAAAAUGUAGCUGUGCUGAAGAAGCAUGAGCUCUAAGCGUAAGUUAAGUUUUCCCUUGGAGGUCGACGAUCAGCAGGAGAAUAACCCAGAAUGUGCUGCUUCAAGUAUUACGCACCAUUUGAUAGCAAAAGAUCUUGGCUCAACAAGGAGUAUUUUGGUGGAGUCUGCCUCCCCUCUUCGCAGGAACACUCCGUCCAGAUUCGAGGCGAACUGGCAGGCGCUGAAAAGGUCCGGAGUCAGCAGCAGUCAACCGGAUUCUCCCGGGGACACCAGUUUCUCCACCUGCUCCCAGCUUCUGAACACCAGUUGGCCAGGAACGAAGCGAAGAGCCAAAGCCUUGCCCAUCGUGAUCCAGAACUCUCCAAGGACGCUUCCUCUGGUUUCGAUUAAUGCGUCCAAGCCAUCCUCCUCAUUCCAGACUACAUGGAAAGCGUUAAUGAACGAAUCAAGCUGCACAGAUUUGUCCGAAGACAGCUCCCCAUCAUCGCCAGUUACCCAACUUGUUCCGGAUCAAAAAGCUAAGCAAUACCUGCCAAGUAGCCAAAAGAAGGCCAGUUCAAAGCCAAACUUGCGAUUUGCUCGAGGAGGAUAUGUCGAUGACUUCCGGCGAUUUAUGAAAAACGAGCGCAUGGAUCAGCGACACCUGAAUAACAGAAAAGCCACACAUACGGCUGAAGUUCUGGCUAUUUCAAUGGAGUGUGGUCUUUCCAUGGCUUUGGUUGCACCUGAAGGCGGGACCAACUUUAAUAUACUACUUCAAAAGAAGCAGUCAGAACUGCUUAAAGUUGGCUGCAGAAUACAAUUUUAUCUGGAGCCAAACGCUAAGCCCUUGCAGUUAAAAGACAAACAAUUGGUCUAUAUUCGUCCUCACAAUAUAAUUGUAUUAAAAUUAUAAGAACGCACUCAAAGCUUAAACUACAAAUAUAGAACUCAUACAGGUAUUGCAGGAUAUAUAUAAAAAUAUAAUUAAAAAGGACGUUAUUGUAUGAGUCAUUAAAGCCAGCGCAGGCUAAUGUUGUUAUGGAAUAUACCAUAUAUAUUCCAAUAUUUGAGUUAUAUAAGAAACACAUUAGGCGAAUAAAACGCCCAUGCCAAAUUGAAUUACUCUUAAGUAUACUUUUUCACACAAAAAUUAAAGUUCUUUCUUAUGCCAAGUAAAAAUGGAAUAAAUAUCAGUCUUUUAGAAUUCAGAAAGUGAAAUCGCAUUACCAGCACACCGAUUUCUCCUGUAGUAUAUUGUCAUGGAUGCGUUGAGCUAAGAAUCUGUAAAAAAUAAAACAUUUUCAACUGAG